AUGGAGCACUCUGCCGCCUUCGAUGCCGUGAUGGCGGAUGACGGGGGAAUCACUCCCUCGUUCAGUGACUUGCUUGGCGACGGAUCUCCCGCCGCUAAGAAGGUGUGCGUCGCCGCCACCUCUUCUUCUUCCAAGCUUCCCAACCCGGCAGCCGCUCCCGCUCCUGCGGUUAACGUCGAGGUUUCCUCUGCUCCCACGCUGGGUGCUCCAGACCGUCGUUACCGUCGUCUCUGUGCUCAGCGCGACACUGUCGGUGAGACCGUGGAGGAGGUUGAUCGCGAUCUUGACUCCCUCGUUGCUAUCAUUUUCCCCGAGCAUCUUGCUGCGCAUCGCAAGGACAUUGUCUCAUGCAUUAAGAAGUCGCUGCGUCGCACUGACUACCGGAACCGUCAGGUCCCUGCCUUUAAGUCCCUGGCCGGUGAUAACCUCAAGGUCGGCAAGAACACUUACGCUUGCCAGGUCUUCCAGCGGCCCAAUCGAGAGAUUGCCGAGAUCUUCCGCUCCCGGCUCCCGAUCACCUUUGCGCCGCCGCAUGGCCCAUCCGUUGAGCUCAAGGCUUUCAUCGACCCGUCCCCGGAGUUCACGGCGGCCAAGGCCCGUGGCGAGCCAUUCCUCAACAUUCGUAACAUCCCCCUGGGCUACUCCGAGGAAACGAUUCACUCCAUCCUGGCGAACGGCAAGAACCGCGCAGGCCAGAAGUGGCUUGCCGAUCUGCUCCACUUCCACACCGCGUAUGACCCGUACGAGGAGACUUUUCAGACUCAGAUGUUCGGUAUCCCUGUUCCCAUGCUCGGGGACUCCAACUUCAGCGUCACCCCACCGGUGAUCUGGCUCCCGAACGUGCGGGAGCCGCUGCUUGUUAACCUGUCGUGCCACUCCUGUGGUAUCUGCUCCAGCAAUCACCGCACGAGCGACCACCACGUGUUCCCGACGCAGCGUCGGAGCAAGAUCAACAAUCCGUUUGCGGUCUCCGUCUCACAGCUGCAAAACAUUAAUGCGUCCCAAGCGGUUUCACCUCUUCCCCCCUCUACCUCUCUGGUUUCCUUCUCCCACGACAGGCAAAGCUCUCGGUCAGACGCGGCCGUCAACCAGUUCAAGCAGGACCCUGGUCUCUUUUUCAUUGGUCUCGACAGCGAGGUCGAGGCCUGGACCUGCGCGGCUUGCGAUUUUGUCAGCGGUUGGACGAUCGACACUGCUCUCUCUCACAGCGUCGAGAUGCAGCACCUUCGCCGCAUCAGGCAGACCUCCUGCCCCCUUUUCAAGGAGGAAUUCGGGGACAUGAAGGCCCACGACUUCCUGAAGAACGACAUUUUGGAGAAAUUUCUUGCCGAGGAGUAA